AUGAUGUUUUGUAGGUUAACAACACUUUGCAAUUCAAGUCGAUUGACCAGUUACUCUCAUGUCAUCUACAAUCAUAGAGCUGCUGGGACCCCAAAUGUGAAGGUAGCUGCAGUUGGAACUGGUAUAGCAACCAUAUUUCAUGAAGUUAAACCUUCAUCCGAGAAGUUUAUAGAAGUUUCCUUUACUCCAUCAAAAGCAACUGGCAAGGUUCUUGCUUCAAAGCCUCCAAAUCAAGGGAAUGAAAGAUGCACUGUGCAGUAUCAUGCCUCUGCAAAAGAACCUAUACAACAUGUGGAUCAAACCAUUCUACAACAAGCACUCUCUGCUUCUGCAGUUGCAGUUGCAUCACCUUCUACAGUUGGCUUAUAUUUUCUCUUAUUCUACAAGAGUGCUUGGGUGGAUCUUCUACCUGAACCACAUACAUGGGAGGGUUCUGUUGCAUGCUUUGGUGAAACCACUGCUUCAGUUGCUAGAAAAUUAGGCUUAACAAAUGUAUACCACCCAUCUACCCCUGGUCUUCACGGGUAA